AUGCCCCCAAGAAGGUCGGGCAGGUCAGCUGCUGCAGCCACCGCCAGCGCGCCGGCCGCUCCAGCUGCUCCGGCCACACAGCCAUUGGACGGCGCCGUUGUCUGCAUCAGUGGCACCUUUGACAAGAAGCGCGCCGAGCUCGAGUCCUGGCUCGCGUCCCUUGGUGCCGGCAUCGCAAAGUCCAUCACCAAGAAGACGACUCACCUCAUCACCACGCCCGAGGAGUUCAAUGCCGUCACCACAAAGGUCGCCUCGGCCCAGAAGAACGACAUUGCCAUUGUCAGCCUGCAGUGGGCCGAGGAUUGCGAGUCCCAGGCGACCCUCCUCCCCAAGACUGGCUACGAACAUGGUCAGCAAGCAGCCGCGACCAAUGGGCAUAAGAAGAACGGAGCUUCGUCGCAGGCCAGCACGGCGCCCAAGGCCAACGGCGCAGGAACAAAGCGCGCCAAGGCCGACGCUCAAUCCGACAGCGAGAGCGAUGUCAAGCCCGACGUCAAGAAGCAGAAGGCGGCCACAGGUGCCAAGGGCAAGAAAAAGCAGAGUGCCGACGACGAUGCUGACGACAAGACUGACGUGAAGACACAAAUCGCAGCCGCAGACACCAAGGGAAAGGCGGGCAACAGUGCUCCCAAGGCACUCAACGUCCCGCUCGACGAGGGAUGCAAGGUCCAGGGGACCGUCUACAUCGCCCCCGACGGUGUCAUUUACGACGCUUCGCUCAACCAAACGAAUGCCACGAGCAACAACAACAAGUUCUACCGCAUUCAGCUCAUUCAAAACGGUACAACGUACAAAACGUGGACCCGUUGGGGCAGAGUCGGCGAAUGGGGUCAAAGUGCGAUCCUCGGCAGCGGCACCCUUGCCGAUGCUCUGAGCAACUUCGAUAAGAAGUUCAAAGACAAAAGCGGCCUCACCUGGGCCAAUCGCGCAGACGACCCAAAGCCCAAAAAAUACGCCUUCAUUGAGCGCAGCUACGAGCCAGACUCCGACAGCGACGACGAUGACGGCGACAAUGCUGGUCCCGCCGUUAAGGUCAAGGAUGAGGAGUCCGAUGACGCUCCGGAGCCGGUCCAGUGCACGUUGGAGAAGCCUGUCGAAGAGCUGAUGAACCUCAUCUUCAACCAGCAGUACUUCCGCGAUGCCAUGACAUCCAUGAACUACGACGCCAACAAGUUGCCGCUCGGCAAGCUCAGCAAGAACACGAUUCUCCGCGGUUUCCAGGCGCUCAAGGACCUGGGUGCGCUCUUCAAUGAUUCGACACUCGCCGAUUCCAAGUACAGCAUGACCGUGCCGGCAGCAACUGAGUACCUGUCGAACUUGUACUACACCCUGAUCCCCCACGCCUUCGGCCGCAACCGUCCUCCCGUCAUUCGUAGCGGUGAUAUGCUCAAGAAGGAGGUCGACUUGCUCGACAGUCUUUCCGACAUGAAGGUUGCGUCCGAUCUUAUGAAGGUCGACCGCAAGGUCUACGACGUUCACCCCGCCGACAGACAGUACCAGGGUCUCGGUAUGGAUGAGAUGACUCCCAUCGAUCGCACAAGCUCAGAGUUCGCUCUUCUCUCCGAGUACCUUCAAGGAUCCAAGGGCGCGACCCACCCCGUCAACUACAAGGUGGAGGAUAUCUUCCGCAUUGAAAGACAGGGAGAGUUGGAGCGCUUUGAAAAGAGCGAGUUCUCGUCCAUCAAGUCAGACCGACGCUUGCUUUGGCACGGCUCUCGAGUGACGAAUUACGGCGGUAUCCUUAGCCAGGGUCUGCGGAUCGCCCCUCCCGAGGCCCCCGUGUCUGGGUACAUGUUCGGCAAGGGUAUCUAUCUCGCUGACAUGUCCUCCAAGUCUGCAAACUACUGCGUCUCCGGUAGCUCUGGCGGUCAGGCCUUGUUGCUUCUCUGUGAGGCCGAGCUCGGCGACCCGAUGCAGAAGCUCGUCAACUCGAGCUACAACGCCGGCGAGACCGCCAAAGCGAAUGGCAUGUGGUCCACCUGGGGCCAGGGUCAGACCGGUCCCAGCCAGUGGAAGGAUGCCGGCUGCGUCAACCCAUCGCUCAAGGGUAUCAAGAUGCCCGAUGUGAGUGUGAAGCCGGGAAAUACCAACUACCCCAACGCAUGGCUCCAGUACAACGAGUACAUUGUCUACGAUCUUGCACAGGUUCGCCUCCGCUACCUGUUCCGCGUCAAGAUGUAG